AUGGUCAACUUCACAAUCACAGAAGAUUCAAUAGGAGGUAUAAAUGACCAUUUGGAUGUUACCUCAAAUCAGCAAAAAAGGAAACUUCAGUGCAAUUCUACGGAGCUGGAGGAAAACCAAGCCUUAGGCGCCCUUUUCUAG